AUGGCGACCUACGACAACGGGCUGUACACGCCAUGGACGCCCGCAGGCGGAAUCGCCGCAGCGACGACGAGUGCAGCAGCCUGGGCAGGCGAGACGGCGGCGACUAGCUCGUCUGCGGCGGCUGGUACAUGGGCUGCGACGGCUACGACGAGUGCAGAGGCGGCUUGGACGCCCGAGACGAGCACGGCGCAGGCGGCGUGGAGUACGAGCAUGACGCCGGCUUGGAGUGCGGAGGAGACCACUACGAGCGCUUGGCAGGCUUGGACCCCUUCUACGACUACGACGACACGCGCAUGGACACCUGCGACAAUCUCGACGACGACGCAGUCGAGCGCAUCGAGCACGACUACCCCGCCGGCCUCCUCCUCCUCCUCGACAACCCGCUCGUCUUCCUCUUCCUCGACGACUGCCGCUCCGUCUUCCGUCUCGUCCGUCGCUGACUCGUCCGUCAACAAAUACGCGACCGUCUCGCGCUAUGCCAGUCCCUCCGCCGGCGCACUCGCCUCCUCCUCUUCCGGCCACUCCUUCAAGAUGACCUACCUUAUCCCCGCCUUCAUCAUCGUCCCCCUCGCGCUUAUCUUCCUCGUACUCGGUUGCUCGUACGGCAAGUGGUGGGGAGGUAACCGGAAGGGAUCGCAGACGCCUCUCUCGGAGGGCGUUGGAGGGAUGGGCUGGUGGGGCGGACGAGGGGGCAGUUGGAGGAGUAGGAGGUCCGGCUACGACGACGACACGGAGGAGACGGGCGGGCUGGUCGGCGGUGAGAAGUACCGCGAUGUGAUGGACGAGUACGACGAGAAGCGGUUCACGCUUCCUUCGGUCGAGGGCGGCGAAGGCGACGCGGUUCGAGGCGGUGGUUCGAGGUGGAGCAACUUCUUCGCUCCGUCGUCGGCCAACAAGCACGACCCUCUCGCCUCCCAUCCGGACGUCGCCGUCCCCUUCCUCUCCAUCUCGCACGCCUCGACGCCCGAACAACCUUUCGUCCCGCCUUCUCGCUCGUCUUCGACGCAAGACUUCCCUCGCUGGACCGCUCGAGGCGCCGUCGCACCUCAAGGACCCACAACGAACGGUGGGUUCCUCGCUGCUGGCGCAUGGGGAACAGGCGCUCGCUCGAACCGCCAGAGCGGACUUGCGCGCAACGUCAGCGGCAGGAGUACAAACUCCGUUAGCAGUCGUCUGAGCGACCGCAUCUUCGGUCGCUUCGGCAUGGGAGGGCGCUUACCAGACGCUUGCCCUUCUCCGUCGGUCUACUCGCCCACGCCGGAAGAGUCGGCGCAGAGUCACCAGUCGUUCGGCGCAGCGGGCGCUUACAUGGGCGUUCACAUGGAAGACGAGGACGAGGACGACUUUGCGCACGAGAAGCACGACGUCGAUUACGAUGCUUUCCUCGCUGCGGGACGGGUCGGCGACGGGGAACUUGCUCGACGGUACGCAAAGGGCGAGAUCAAGGACGCAGACAUCUUCCCGCCUCGCGAACCGCCUCGCUACCCUGAGGGCGACGCUCGCGAGCGCUACUACGCUCGUCAAGGUCCGACUGCCGACACUCCCUUCGCCUCUUUUGCCGCACCAGCACCCGCCAAGCCUUCCUCAUUCGCCGUCGACCUUCCCGCCGCGCCUUCUCGCCUCCAAGUCUCGCCAAAGAAGACCGCUUCGACGCUCGUCCGCCCAGCUCCUCCCGAGACGCCAGAGAAGGGCAACAACCUCCUCUUCUCGUACGCCUCGCCCCCGCCCCCUCAGCCUCACGGCUCUCCUCGUCCGCCUCUCCCUCCUAUCCCUCAGAUGCACAAGCAGGUCUCGCCGACCAAGGCACUUUUGACGGAACCUCCCGCUCGCACGCCUUUCCGCCAACCGGUGGCGCCGCAGCUCGUCCGCCCGCCUCGUCAUCACGACCCGUUCGCGCCCGAGCCGACGAGUCAGAUGCAGCCGCAGCCGGUCUUCCCGUCUGCUCGUCAGUCUCGCGAGACGAAACACGACUCGGCCUUUUCGCUCGAUGUCUACGGCGCGAUCGUCGACACCGCUGACGAAGCCGAGCAGCAAGCUUCCAAGAAGCGCGGCGGAACUACGACGUCGUCGAGGAGUGCCACGCCGACGAAGCAGUCUCAGCGCUCGACGCCGGUUCGCUCGAACACCGAUGUUCGUCCGGGACAGCUCAUUUCGUCCGCCGCCGAGUUGCAGGCUCGCAACAUGCCUUCACGCGAGUCGAUUCCUCGCAGUUCGUCCGUUUCGCCGACCAAGGACAUGGGUCGCCGCCGUGAAGCUACUCCUGGUUCGAGCAGUCGGGCUCGCCCUGUCUCCGCCUACGCAGAACUGCCCACUCAGGCGCUGAAGGAGGUUCGCAAGAUUCCCAGUCGACAGGACCUUAAGCCCAUCUCGAAGGCCAAGUCGCGCGAGUCGCUCGCUUUCGAUGCCGCCUUUGCCGACCCUGCGCCGAUCGCCCCGUUGCAGCACCCGAACAAGGUCCGCGCAGCAGUCAAGAGCAUCCAGGCUCGCGAGCCGUCCUCCGCUCCCUCGCACCGCAAGACUCCUUCGCGCGACUCGGCUCGCUCCGCCUUUUCCGACAAAACCACCUCGUCCGGCGGCAGGCUCGGUCGUUCCGCGACUGCUGCGCCCUCAACCACGACCUACCGCCGUCCGCUCGGUAACAAGGGUCUCGUGUCUGACAACGAGUCGGACUCGGACGACUCGGAGGCCAUCGUCACGAACCGCCGGCUGAGCAUGCUCAUCCUGAACCGCUCGAGGUCUCAAUCGGGCUCGCUGCCAUCGGGUCCAGCCUCAGGCGACUCGCACAGCAGCUUGACGCACGAUGACGAGGAGAAAGCGGCGCGGCCGUUGUCGAGCGACCCGAGGAGGCUGUCGGCGAUGCUGAGGAGGCCGAGUCAGGGGGGCGCUCUGCAGCGCAACGAUGGCGAGAAGGAGGAAGGCGAAGAGAAGGGCGGUGCGAGCGGUUUGUUCGAUGCCCUGAAGAGGAGGUCGGGCAUCUUUGACGAUGCCGAGUGA